GUAUUUCCAGUAGUAUUUCAUGUAUUCACUGUGACGCUCCACCACCUCGAUAGAUGGCAGUAAGACCAGUAAUAAGCUGAUGUUGCUGCAAUAAGUAGCGACGAAAGACGACGAAGAACCGUAGGAAGAAGAAGACGACGGCGACCAUGUUGAUUUAGCAAGAACAAACACAAUAGAGACCAGUUGGUUAACGUGAGUUUGAGAUUUCGUUGAACUAUACACACGAAAAUUCGAUCAGCAUCGAUAAUAACAUCAAGAUAAGAGUUACAGCAGAGAUAAAAAGGUGACUGAGAUCUGAGUUGCUGGCCUGUUUAGUGGAGGAAACGCGACUCGCUCCUCACCUUGUACACACACACACACACACACACACAAACACACACACAUAUAUAUACACACAUGCUAACUGACAUACAAGCGCACACACGCACACAGGUGAAGUCUGUGGAGAACUACUAUUACAAGAAAGACUACCAAGUUUAAGUUUGGGCCGUAUUAACGCAAAGGGAACUCUUGGAGUUUUGGACUACUGUAUCCCAGGAUUGUCUCUGUUUUUGAAGCAUCAGGAAUUUUUGGUAUCAGGAAAUCCACUUGCAGCAUGUCUGCUUGAAAGGAGACGAUUCACAAAUUCACCAAUUCAUUGUCAAUACAAAAGAGGAAUAAACAAAGAAAAUCCUUUGCAGUUUUUGAAAAGUUUUGAAAAGCAGGAAAAGACUCUAUAACCAAGAGAGAGCAACAGCUGUUUUGAUGAACUAGCUUUAUUUUUUUGGAAAACAGACUGAGGAAAAAGAGAGAUUGAACUGUUUGAGACAAGAACGUGAAUAUUUUUCAGACUCUCUCUUCAGUAUUGCCUUAGCUGUUCUAUUGCAGGAUUUGUACUUUUGUGAAACUUGUCUACAUAUAAUUUUCUAUAUUGUGGUCAGGUCUUCUAUAUUUAUGCAUAUAAAUGCUCAUUUCUCUUCUUUUGGAAGAGCUGGAGUGAAACUUAUUUUUCAUGACGUCAGUUGCUCUUAUUGAAAGAGUCUACACUGUACGUCCACUUGUCUAUAUGUAAAUACUAAAGACACUUCUAAGUAAGUUCGGAUUUAAGAAAUAGAGUGCAUUAUAAAUGCUUUAUUAGCUUUUUUUGGUAUUAAUACUCCACAAAGGGCAUUGGAACCUUACAGAGAGAACAAAAAAAACUUUAAGACAAAGGAGUGAACUGAAAAAAAAAAAAAAAAAGAAGGAUUACAAAAGAAAUGGCAACAGCAAGAACAGAAAGCAUGGGCCCUGUGGUGAUGGGUCUGAACAAGCAGAACGGGCAGCUACGAGGACAGACCAAACCUGUCUCCCAGUCAGGACCCCAUGCUGUGAGCACGCCGCCUGGAAAGAUGCCAGCGGGAGGAGGUGCCCAGAAACCAGGGGGUGGCACCCAGGAAGGCGGCAUUAGGUUUGGUGAUGACUGGAAGAAGAGCUUACUGCUCCCCCCCAAAGACACUCGGGUCAGAACAUCUGAUGUGACUUCGACCAAGGGGAAUGAGUUUGAAGACUACUGCCUGAAGCGGGAGCUUCUGAUGGGGAUAUUUGAAAUGGGCUGGGAGAAGCCCUCCCCCAUUCAGGAGGAGAGCAUCCCUAUCGCCCUCUCUGGCCGUGACAUUCUUGCGAGGGCCAAAAACGGGACUGGAAAAAGUGGGGCCUAUCUCAUUCCCCUGCUGGAGAGGAUAGACCUGAAGAAAGACCACAUCCAGGCCGUUGUGAUGGUUCCCACUCGAGAGCUGGCCCUUCAGGUCAGCCAGAUCUCCAUACAGAUCAGCAAGCACCUGGGCGGAGUCAAAGUCAUGGCAACCACCGGCGGAACCAACCUGCGCGAUGACAUCAUGCGCCUGGAUGAGAUUGUUCAUGUCGUCAUCGCAACACCAGGGAGAAUUCUGGACUUGAUUAAAAAGGGUGUGGCCAAAGUGGAUAGAGUUCAGAUGAUGGUCAUGGAUGAAGCAGAUAAACUGCUCUCUCAGGACUUUGUGGUGCUCAUAGAGGAUAUCAUCAGCUUCCUGGACAAGAAACGGCAGAUUCUGCUGUAUUCCGCAACCUUCCCCAUCAGUGUACAGAAGUUCAUGAGCAAGCACCUGCAAAAACCUUAUGAAAUCAACCUGAUGGAAGAGCUCACUCUAAAGGGUAUCACCCAGUUUUAUGCCUAUGUCACGGAGAGGCAGAAAGUCCACUGUCUCAACACUCUCUUCUCCAGGCUGCAGAUCAAUCAGUCCAUCAUCUUCUGCAACUCUACCCAGAGGGUCGAGCUGCUUGCCAAAAAGAUCACCCAGCUGGGCUACUCCUGCUUCUACAUCCAUGCCAAGAUGAUGCAGGAGUACAGAAACCGUGUGUUCCAUGACUUUAGGAAUGGGCUCUGUAGGAACCUGGUGUGCACUGACCUGUUCACCAGAGGAAUUGACAUUCAGGCAGUGAACGUGGUCAUCAACUUCGACUUCCCGAAGAAUGCAGAAACAUACCUGCACCGCAUUGGUCGAUCAGGCCGCUUUGGGCACCUGGGUCUGGCCAUCAACCUGAUCACGUCUGAGGACCGCUUCAACCUGAAGGGCAUCGAGGAGCAGUUGGUGACCGACAUCAAGCCCAUCCCCGGCACCAUUGACAAGAGUCUGUACGUGGCGGAGUACCACUCUGUCUCACCAGGCGGCGAGGAGGAGGAGGAGUCGAGACGUCCUGUGGCCACGCCCAGCCAGCCCUAAAGCAAAGCAAUGAUUGGCAGGACCACAGGCUUUGGGCUCACUGGCUUUUGCACAGACGUUUGCUUUUGCACAAAGUUCUUCACACUCCUCUAUUAACUCCUUUUUUCCCCUUUUCUUUAUUUCUUUCUUUUUUCCCCCCCUUGGCUUGUUCCCUUCAUUCUUUCGUACCCUCAAUUUUUCCAUUGCCGUGCCAGAUUACGUGAAACAUUUCAUUCUUGUGCACAAAACUGAGUCAUGCAACUCUGGCCCUUUAUUUUUUUUCCUUUCCUUUUCUAACCUUAAACAUUCCAGAGUCCUUGAGUGACUUGCAAUAAAUAAACAGGACUGAGGGCCUGCAGGAUGAGGUAGAUCACAAGCGUGAGAACGUCAUUGACGUGACCAGAGCUGGCUGUUGCUCUUUCUUAUAUAGCAUUUGGUUUGGAAAAGAGAAGAAGAAAA